AUGAACGAUGAAGCUGGGGAACGGGCGGGCAGUGACGGACCGGACAACGAACCCGAAAGCUCGGCGGCAGGCCAGGAGCCGAGGGAUAUUCCGGGGACUUCCUCCAGCGCCGCCACUGCUUCAGACGAAGGCGGAGAGGUGGAACUGUCUGUCGGUGACCCCGAUUACUGCCGGAGAAUUCUGGUCCGAGACGCCAAAGGGACCAUCCGUGAGAUCGUGCUGCCCCGUGGCUUGGAUUUGGACCGACCGAAGCGGACGAGGACGUCGUUCACGGCCGAGCAGCUGUACCGGCUGGAGAUGGAGUUUCAGCGUUGUCAGUACGUGGUGGGCCGUGAGCGCACCGAGCUAGCGCGCCAGCUCAGUCUCUCCGAGACGCAGGUGAAGGUCUGGUUCCAGAACAGACGGACGAAGCAGAAGAAAGACCAAAGCCGGAACUGUGACAACUGCUCUCCGGGCUCUUCCGAGUCCAAGGCCACCUGCAGCAUCCUUCGGCUCCUGGAACAGAGGCGGCUUCUGCCGGCCCCCCCUGCCGCGGCUGCCGGCCUGCUCCCCCGAGGGCCCAGCCCGCCCAGAUCCUCCGCGGGCAAUGACGGCUGCAACCUGGUCUCCUCCACCGGCAGCCCCCCCUUCGGCCUGGCCACCCCGACCGGCGCCGCCUCGCCGACCCCGAGGCUGGGCAGCACCCACGAACUCUCAGCCGGCUACGGGGUAGGCACGUUGGCCUUCGAGCCAUGCCCACGGACCGAGCGCUGUGACAGUGGCUCAGACAAGAGGCUAAGUUCGUAG